AUGUGCAAAACCUUCCAGAACACACUGGAGGUCAGCAGCGACGAUGAGGAAACCGAAACAAUCGUUGAGCAAAUGGAAGAAACGAUCUACUCACAUUUUCCGAUUUCGCAUCACCUCCUGUUCAAUAAUCCCUACGCGAUCAUCAAGAACUUGCCCAUUCUAAGUCCGGAAAUGCGGGCGAAAACUCCAGCUUUGCCAUUGAAAACACGAUCGACUCCUGCUUUCUCACUCGUCGUGGAUCUCGAUGAAACACUGGUUCAUUGUAGCCUGGAAAAUUCUGAAGAUGCGUCCAUGUCAUUCCACAUGCGGUUCGAUGAUGGGAAAACUCGGGAGGUAUUUGUGCAAACACGGCCGCAUUACAAGUGCUUCUUAGAAACAGUGUCCAAGAUGUUUGAAGUCAUUGUGUUCACAGCCUCUGAGCGCAGCUACGCCGACAAGCUCAUCAACAUGAUCGACCCCAACCGACGCUUGAUCAAGUACAGACUGUUCCGCGAGCACUGUUUGAACGUGAACGGAAAUUAUGUCAAAGAUUUGACAAUUCUUGGCCGAGACUUGCGAAGAACCAUAAUCAUCGACAACUCUCCAGUGGCAUUCGGU